CAUGCUUACGGCGGUAUGAUACCCUAAAAUUUACCAAAUUUGAAUUAAUUGUGAAAAAAAAUAUUUUCGUCUCAAAGUUACCGUUAUUUAUCCUUGAAAUGUAUGCCCUAGUGUAAUUUAAAUGAAAAUAUAUUUUUUCCUAUAGUAUUCAGCUUUUAAAAAAUGUUGGCGAGCCGUUGCUAGGGGCAACCGGUCUGUUUGCAAUUUGUUUUGAUCUAGAAGUCGGAUUUCAAAGGGCCUAUUUCGAUGGGGUUUUCGAUUUUCUCUUGUUUGGGUUCCCUGUGUUUUAUCCACGUGACUGAAUAGAUCACUAACAAGAGAGUUUACAUGCAGUACCUUCCUAAAUAUCGAUCUUCACAUUUCAACAUCAAAUCAAAAUACAACCUUCCAUUUUACUCUUCAAAUAUGCCUAAAUUCGCUAACCAGAGACGCAAAAAGCGGCGUUUUUGUGGGAACCGCUUUUCAGGAAGUCUCAAUUUAGAGGAAAGCGAGUAUAAGAGAGUUGAAAACAGUCCUAAUGAGUCGGAAAACGAACCGAGUUGUUCGACUGACAUGGAGCCUGUUCAAGAAGGCAAUCCUGCAAAAUCUGCUUCUUUUCGAAAGCUUUCGAAAACCGCUGUCGAGGCAGAUACAGUGCCUAAACCUUCCCAAUCCACUGCAAAGGUAUCUGAUGCUAAGGUGACCGGGUAUCGUUUCGUGGAUAUGGACAUUCUUAGCAAUAUUUUCGCUUUGCUACGAUGUGGUGACUGUGGCGAGUUCUGCCUCGUGCUCGGGGAAGACGAGCACAACCGGAAGGGUUGUGCCUCGAAGCUACGUCUAACCUGCCAGAACUGUGACUGGAAGCAUAUCACUUAUACUUCGAAAGUUCAAGGGCAAAGUUAUGAAGUUAAUCGCAGACUGGUUUACAUCAUGAGAACACUCGGAAAGGGACAUACUGGAGCCAGAAAGUUAUGUUUACUUAUGAACAUGCCGCCACCACCUACUGCGAGGGCAUUCACUAAAAACUCGCGCACACUGCUGAAGCAUGUAAAGGAAAUUGCAACCAAAAGUAUGGGUGAUUCUGCAAAAGAGCUUAAAGCAGAUACAUCGGAUGGGCCAACCAAUUGCGGUGCUUCAUUCGAUGGCACCUGGCAGAGAAGGGGCUUUUCAUCUCUGAAUGGCUGUGUCACCGGCAUCUCUAUUGACACAGGGAAAGUUCUCGAUGUAGAGGCCCUUACGGUGUCCUGCAAACAAUGCAAGCUGCAUGAUCAUCUAGAUAAGGAUAGCGAGGAAUACAGUUUGUGGAAGGCAGAUCACAACGACUGCAAGGCCAACUUCAGGGGUUCCGCACCUGCUAUGGAGCCUGAGGGUGUACAGCGAAUCUUUAAUCGUUCUGUAGAGACCCACAAUAUCCGUUACACUGAAUAUUAUGGUGAUGGCGAUUGCAAAAGCUUUAAUAGAGUUGAGAAAGUCUAUGAGGCUGACAAUAUUAUAGUUAAGAAAAAGGAGUGUAUUUGGCACGUACAGAAGAGAGUUGGUAACUCCCUUCGAAAACUGAAACGUGACACCCCAGGUCUAGGCGGCAAAGGCAAGCUAACCGAUGCACUCAUUGACAAACUACAGAAUUAUUAUGGCAUUGCCAUACGUUCAAAUGUUGGAAACUUGGAGCAGAUGCGUAAGGCAAUUCAUGCUAGUCUUAUGCAUUGUGCUUCUAAUGAAGCCAGAGUGCUGCAUGACCACUGCCCGACUGGAAGCACAAGCUGGUGUAAAUAUCAGAAAGACAAAGCAGACCACACCAAUACAUUUAAGCACAGUGCUGGUCUGCCAUUGGAGAUACUGGCCAAGGUAAAGCCAGUAUAUGUUAGGCUAAGUGAAGCCAGUCUGCUGGAGAAAUGCCUACAUGGCAAAACACAGAACCAGAAUGAGAGUUUGAAUGCAAUGAUUUGGCAGCAAGUGCCCAAGGAGGUGCAUGUCGGCAGGGAUAUUCUGGAAUUGGGCUUGUAUGAUGCUGUAUGUCAUUUUAACAUGGGGUACAGCUCUGUACUAAGACUGUUGGAAGCCCUCAAAAUCCCUGCCGGCAAAUAUACGGAAGCAGGCUGUGGCCUUGAGGAUACUUCUAGAGUUCGGCUUGCAGAGUAUAAAAGUAAGGAGGCAUCUAAAAGAAAGAGAAAGGUCCUGAGAGGCAAAAGAAAAAAGAAAGAGGACAAGAAGAAGCAAGCUGAGGGCUCUCUGUAUGAUCCUGGUGGAUUUUAGAAAGUAUGAUCUGAACACUGCCCUCAUAUUAUGAAUUUACACAUUUACGUUAUCUUUAACUUGAGAUUUCUCAAAUUGUGAGAUUUCCGUAUAUUAGUAAUACUCUAACAGUGAUAUCUUCCAGAGAAUUUGUUGGAAUUGGCUAUUUUUUUCAGGGGAUGUGCAGUAUAUGUAUUCUUAUACAAAGACCUAAAGGAUAAACAUUUGCUUUAAAUCUCAAAUUGAAAAUAAUUUUCAAACCUGACAAACAAAUAUCCAAAUAUUAGUUUCUGACAAAAUAUUCCUCUAAUUUGAAAAAUAUCACCAGGGUAAUUUCUAUACUUCAUUGUAUGCAUAUGUUGUAGUAGAAGAUUUCCUAAAAGUUUGGUGGCUAUUGAUAAAAAAAUAAAGGAGUUAUCACUGUAAGACUGGAUACCAUGAUUUCGGGGUAAUUAAGCCCCCCUGGUUGCCAUAGCAACGCAAUGUUUUGUCAAGUAUGUCAAUAAAUUUAUCUGAUCACA